CUAGCUUUUCAGCCGGCCGUAACAACAGACAUGAAAUCUUAGAGAGCUUACGUGGAGAUCUCAAUGACAGCAGUGACUGUCAUGAUGUUGAUGAUGGAAGCGCUACCGAGACUGGUGAUGACAGUGACUAUGAAGACCUUCUUAGUGAAGGGUUGGAGUGUUUGCGAGAUGAUGAGUGUGACGAGAUGUCUGUCAGAACUCAUGCUACAGAGGACAGGCUGUCAACCGACGCAGCAGCCGAGUCUCUGUCGUUCUCAGGCUGGCUCUAUAGUGCCCUUUCUCUUGCUCUUUAUCUGAUACGAGUUCGUAGAUCGGAGUCUGACGGGGGAUUACUUCUCAACUGCUCUCGAAGACCUCACGCUGCGUCUGUUGUACUUUCUGAUGACGGAGGAGUUUGAGGAUGGCCAGUCCAAGUCGACCCUACUGGUCUACUUCAGCCGUGUCCUUGGCCUCACGUCCGACGGGACCGGGUUCCGACGCCCGGGGAACUACACGGCAAAUCUGUCGGCGUUCAUCUACUGCGCCCGCUUGGUAAUCAUGGAGGUGUUAUGUCAGAGCCCUCCCGGAUAGGGGCUAGUCAGAGGUAGUAAGGAGUCCAAGCAACAAAGGAGCAG